CAGAAAAUGGCUGAUAAGCAUCACAUGUGUCUGCUGGGACGGAUCAUUCUCUGUGCACUUCUCACAGGUAUCAGUGGAGCAGAAGUGAUUCAUGUGUUCAGUUCUGGUGAAGAUGUCCAUCUGUCCUGUAAUGAUGCUCUUUCUGGCUGCACAACAACUACAUGGAUCUAUGGCAGACCGUCAGAGACAGUUGAACUGAUUACUUUAGGAAUAAAGUGGACUGACACAGAGAGACACGAGAGACUGAGUCUGGACUCUGAUUGCUCUCUGAACAUCAAGAAAGUCACAAAAGAAGAUCGUGGACUUUACACCUGCAGACAAUAUGUGAAUAAAACACAACAAGGAGCUGAUGCACGUGUUUAUCUGCAUGUUCUUCAUGUAUAUUCAUCAUCCUCACAGUCUGAGAUCAGAUCAGGCCGCUCUCUGACUCUCUCCUGUCAGUUAUAUUAUUAUGAUCGAGUCUCUUGUGAUACUUUAGUCCGUUCUGAGGGUCUUGAUCUGAUCUGGGUGAAUCAGGCCGGUGUGAAUCUGCACACAGACUCCAGAUUUCAGAUCUCAUUCUCCUCAGAACAGUGUCUCAUCUCUCUGACUACAACACUCCUGAAUGAAGAUCACAACAGAGAGUGGAGAUGUCAGCUUAAACACAGAGAUCAACUGAAUACCUCAGUCAUAUAUACUGUCAAGUAUCCAACUCCAAGCGAAACAAAGCCACCGUCUCCAGUCACCAGCUCUAAAUCAGCUGCAGCUCCUACACAAGCAGCUUCAGCUGAUUCAACACUGAUUCCAGUCAGCAGCUCAAACUCUGAGAAGAAAUCCAGUCAAACUACAGCAGCUUCUCCAGAACAAGAGACACAGACUCCUAAAACCCCCGAGACAACAGCUACACAGAGAGUGAUUGUGAGUGUUGUAGAGAUUGCAGUGUUUGCUGCUCCUACUGUGAUUCUUCUUCAGAUCAUCUGUGCGAGAAGAGCUGGAAGGAAGAACUCUCAUCACCAAAAUGAAAUAGAGAUGUCUACAGUUCUACAAUGAAAUACUCUCCCUCUCUCUCUCUCUCUCUCUGCAUACAUCUUUGAAUGUAAUCUCCAGUAAUUCAUAUUGUACAGACUGCUUUAAAUAUGAUUUUAAAUAAAGUCGUCAUCAAAAUGUGACAGGUACCUUAAAGGUAUAGUUCACC